AGAAAAAAAAAAAAAAAGAAAUCAGAAUUUCAUGUUAAAAUUAUCUGCGAAUAAGGUGGGGUGUGUAUUUAUUCUGCCAAUAAUAUAAAUAUUCCUUAAGAAAAAUCUCAUACCCUUUAUUAAUCUGUGGUAUUUAUGGUCCAAAAUUGAAUUUUUGACCUCUACAACAAUCUAUGUCAGCCUAAACAUGUCAAGAUCGUAGGCUUGCCGAAUUGUGUGAGAAUGUCAUUCUCAAGCAGUUGUACCCUUCUGCUUUUUUUAGGUGAAAUCUAGUCAGAUAAGCAUGCUUCAGUUUAAUCGGUUUAUGUUAUUUCUUUGAUCUGAUGUGUGGAAUGUUGGACAAUUUUUUUUGCAUUAUUGCAACGGCAGUGGUAUAUUUUAAGUUAAAAUCACAUGGUAGUUCUUUUGUUUUGAAGUUACAGGUCAUAAAUAAACCAGGGUUUGUGUUCAGAUUGUUGUAUCCCCCCACCCCCCUUCUUUUUUGUAUUAAAGUUGUUCUAAUUUGGGUGAUCCUCUGUCGUUUGGCAGAGGGAUUGAAUUGGUGGAAGUUGAAAAGAGGUUUGUGCUGUCCGGCAUCAAGGCCCAAAUAUGGUUUCACCAGUUAGUUCUAGAUUUCAUGGUCAGAAACCAAAGCAGCGAAAGGUAUCAGCAAUCCGUGAUUUUCCUGAGGCAUUUCAGCAAUUCACUAUGCAAAUUGCUUUGCCACCCAAUGAAGGUUUGGCUUUUGCUUCUACUGUGAAAGACUUAUUGGACAUAGAGGUUAGUGAAGUUGAUCUGGAUGACGAUGAUGACUCUGUCGAACCUUUUGACCUAGUCCCCAGUGAAACACACAUCCUAACCUCUAAAUUAGAAUCUGAGAAGGUGGAGCCUAUUGUCUCUUUUGAUUGUGCGGUGGUGGAAAAAGCUUUGGAUGGUGCAGAAAUCAUUGAACAAUUAGAAAUAUUAAGACAUGAAUGUACUGAUUCUACUUACUCAAUCUUGAGCAGAGGUAAGUCGAAACUGAAAGAUGGAAGUCAUACUCAGCAGGUGUAUAGGCCAAGUUGUUUGAAAAAGAAAGUGCAUAAAGUUUACCGAAAAGUGUCUGCGGUCCGUGAUUUUCCUCAGACAAUGGAGCAAUUUGACACAAAAACCAAUGGGCCAGUGAAUGAACCUUUGGUUGCUGUUGGUAUAUUUGAGAAUUUAGCAGGUAAGGCAGACAGUGCUGGUGUAUUACAGGAAAACUUAGUGCAUAGAGAAAUGCCUGGCUUAUCAUUUGCUUUGAAAUCUGAGAAGUUGGAGCCAAUGUUUGCUGAUGAUCUGGAGGAAGCUCUUCAAUUGGGGGAAGAGUUGCCGGAUGCUAUGGAUGAUGCUGAAUUUAUAAACCCAUUUGAAACUUCAGAGCAUGAAACCAAUGAUUGUAUUGGCUCAGUGAGGUGCACAAGCAUGUUCAGACUACAAAAAGUGUCAGAAGAUAAAGAUCACACUCAGCCAGUGGAUUGGCCAGGUAGGUUCAAAAUGGGGUCUUAUACUUCACCCAAAAAGAAGUUUCCACAAAGAAGAGUUUCAGCUGUUCGAUGCUUCCCUCCAAAAUGCGGAAGAAAUUCUACUCUUCAUGGUAAAGAAGAUUGUGUGCAAAUGCUAGCUUCUCAUAAGAAUAGGGGUUUAGGUCACAAGGACUCUUCUAUGGAACAGGAGCCGUUUGAGGGGGUUGUACAGAGCGAUGCUAAACAAGCAACAGAGGAAGCUCAACCUGAAUAUUCAAAAUUGAAGGAACCAGUUCCAACGGCAGUAGAGACCUAUAUCAGUCUGAGUCUAAAGGUGAUGCUACUUAUGCAACAGAAAAUGAGUUUCACCUUGCAAAUUUGGUAAAAAUUAAGUUAAAAAGAGUUGACGAAAAGGAAAAGGGCAUCAACUGCAAUUUGUAUGAACCAGAUAUUAAGUUGCAAACACAUUUCAGCACAAAUAGUGCAAAUGUUGGAGGUUCAGAGGAAAAGCUGAAGAAAGAAUUCAAAAACAGCAUGAACAGGAAGUUACCCAUGGUAUCUGCUAGUGCAGAACAACCAGUGCACAGGGUUACUGUGCAAGCUUUGAUGGCUGCACCAUUUUGUCCAUGGAGACAGAGCAAAAGGGCCCAUAAAUCUUACACGACUCGUGAUACAAGGGAAGCCAAACAAGGGAGGCAUUAAAUUGUGGGGCAAGACAAUUAUGAUCUAUUUGCAGAGAAAAAGUUUCGAAAACUUCCAAAUGGGAGAAAGAACAAUUAUUCACCCAGGUUAGGAAAUUUCUUAGUUCUGCCAAUGAUAUCUGGCAAACGAAACAUGCUUCUCAUUUUCUUUGCUGUGAACACCAGUUGCUAAAUCAUCUUGCAGUUAUUUUCUGUAUAAUCUAAUAACAUGAGGAGAAAGUUUACCUGCAAAAUUUGCCUUGUAUGCCACAGCUUUCUCUAGAUAUGCACCAUUGAAAGUUGAACCACUGAAAUUAGA